AUGUGGCCGGAAAUCUCUCAGGCUGUGGAACGGGGCCACGUUGACCUCCAUGUACAUAGUAUCCUUGACCCCGAUAGUGUCAUUAGGAUUCGGUUAACAGCUGGUCUUCUCCGAGACUCGGCCGUCGAGGAUGAGGUUAUCGAGAGCAGGUAUCCGACCCUCGCUCCCUGCUUUACCGCCUGGCGGGAGAUAUACGAGGACGCAUUCGAGGAGCAGGAGUGUAACCUCGGGAGUGGGAAGGAAGUUUUCCCAAACGUCGAGCUCCGCGUGGCGUGGUAUACCGAGGGCUUCUUGAUGGCGUGCUGGCUUGUGUUGCAGCCCGGGGUCGACUCAGUCGAGUUCGCAUCGGUCGGCAAGACGUAUAGGCUUGACAAGGCCUCGGUGGGCGAAAAGCUCAAGGAGUUUCUCGAUGAAACAGAUGCCUUACUGGGAGAAGAGCAGUAG